UAGGGGGCUAGAAAAAAACAUUAUUGGCUAGGGUGGGGAUGUGUGUGGGUGGAUGUGGGUGUGUGGGUGUGGGGUGUGGGUGUGAGUGGGUGUCGGUGUAGAUGUGUGGGUUUGGGUGUGGGGUGUGGGUGUGGGUGUCGGUAUGGGCGUUUGGGUGUGUGGGGUGUGAGUAUGGGUGUUGGUGUGGGUGAAUGAUGUGAGUGGGGAUUUAGUUGGCGAUAAAUAUAAGAAUAAUAUCGAAACCCAUACCCACACUCACACCCACAUCCACACCCACCCACACCCACAACCACCCACAUCCACCCACACACAUCCACACCCUAGCCAAUAAUGUUUUUUUCUUGCCCCUUAUUCACACGACCAAUAGAAUGAGGUGUCGUUGAGCUGAAGAAGUACCAAAAUUCUAAUUUGACCAAAGAUCUGAAAAGCAAAUGAUUUCACUCUUGUAAAUUUUAAUUAGAUCCUCGUGCAAAUGUAUGUCAGGUAAAUUUCAAUCAUAUAAUCAAUGAAAUCCUUAGCAAACAGAUUCUUCAGCAUGACUUUUUGUACAACAUAAAUUAAGAAAUUUUCUCAGUAUUCGUGCGCAAAGAAAAAAAAAGAGAGAAAAAAAGAAAGAAAGAAUGUUGUUGUUCAUUGGUUCAGUCAUCAUCAGUUGUGUUCAUAGAAAAAUAGCUCAUUGUUCUCGUUUGACGAUCAUUGAUAUCAUCAGUCAAAUAAAUAAAAUAAUCAUAUCUAUAUAAGUAUCCACAUUAAGACCUAGAAAAAAAUUCAUAUAUAGACGUCAUACUAAACAUGGAACAUUUAUUGGUUGAAUUAAAUGAUUUACCAGAUGAAAUUUUGUUGAUGAUUUUAAAAAAAUUAAAUAGCAUUUCAUUAUUAUACUCAUUAAUAGGUGUUAAUAAACGACUUGAUACCAUUGUGCGUGAUCCAAUAUUUACACGUCAUUUAAAACUAAUGAGACAUUUCUCGAAUGAUUCUAUUGAACCGUUAUCUGAUGCAAUCCUUAGUCGUUUAUGUUCAAAAAUUUUACUUGAAAUUCGUAAUCAAGUUCAAUGGCUUGAUCUUGAAGCAUCAUCUAUUGAACGUAUAUUACUGGCUACAAAUUAUCCGAAUUUAUAUGGACUUGAUCAAUCUUCAUUAAUCCAUAUAAAUAAAAAUCAAAUCUCAUCGCUGAUUAUCGAUAUAACUAAAAAAGAAAAUCAAAGAUCAAUGAAAUAUACUAAAACAUUUGUAUUUACACAAAUCUUUAUUCAAUAUCCUAAUUUACAAUAUUUAAAUUUUUGUCCAUCUCCAAGUUUAUAUGUACAUUUAUCAUUUGCUAAUUCAUCUUCAAUUUUCGUAUCUUCAAAUCUAUUAGAAUUACAUAUUUGUUUGGCAAAUUUUACUGAUUGUCUUUAUAUUCUCGAUGGACAUUUUAAUCAACUUCGUACUUUUUAUGUUAAUAUUUCUUUGAUACAAUCUGAAAAUAAAAACGUUGAUAAAGAGAAAAAACUAUCGAAUUUAAAAUGUUUUUCAUUACACUGUUAUAAGAUGACAGAUGAUUAUAAUGAAGUAAUUUUACCACUUCUAUAUCGAAUGUCAAAUUUAGAAGAACUUGAUUUAAGUCUUUUUCUUUCAGUAAAAGAAAAAUUUCUUGAUGGAAAUGAUAUAAAGAAAAACCUUCUCAAUCAAAUGAUACAAUUAAAUAAAUUCACAUUUAAUAUUUACUCAAUUGUUUAUUGUCAUAAUCAAAUUAAUUUACAAUCAAAUGAAGAUAUACAAAAUACAUUUAAUGAUUAUAAAUAUAAUAAAAUUAUUUGUUCUAUUGAUUACUUUAAAAAACGUUCUAGUCAAUGUCGAAUUUAUUCAUAUCCAUAUAAAUUGAAGUUUUAUAAUUCUAUAACAAAUAAUUUUUCAGGUGAAUUAUUCAAAUGUGUUCGUCAAAUAUCAUUAUUGGAUGAAAAACCAUUUGAACAUGAAUUUUUCCUUCGAAUUGAGAAAUCAUUUCCAUUUUUAGAGAAAAUUUCUAUACAUAAUUUUCAACCACAAAAUAAUAAAUCAUGUACAGAAUCAAACAAGGAUCAUCAACAUUUAUCAAUUGUGAAAUAUCCGUAUCUUACUAAUCUUUCACUUAUUAAAGUUCAUGAUGAUUAUAUUGAACAAUUUUUAGUUAAUACAAAAGUAUCUUUACCAAAUAAUGUUCAUCUUAACAUUAGUUAUGAACCAUUGAAAAGAGUGACAAACAACUUUACAAGAGAUGCAACACAAAUCAAUUGUACAAAAUUAAAGUCUUUGUGUGUAAAUGUUAGUGAAAUUUGUAAACAUGUUCAAGAUUAUUUUCUUCAUACAGAGAUAAUCUGUUUAUGA